AUGUGGCGGCGAGUGCAGAAUCUCCUCCGAGUCCCUCGCUUGCAUCUAAUCAGAAGCAGACACGUCAUCACCGGCGCGGCGUCGAGCCCGAGCCUGUCGAUAUGGCGUCGGAAGAAGGAGAUUAGUAAGGAGGGGCUAAUGGUGGCCAAGGAACUGAAGCGACUGCAGUGCCAUACUGUGCGGUUCGAGCGGUUCAUGAAAAGCAAUGUCUCCCGCCUCCUCAAAUCAGACCUUGUUGCUGUUCUUGUUGAAUUCCAGCGCCAAAAUCUCGUCUCUCUCUCCAUGAAGUUAUAUGAUGUGGUGCGAAAUGAAACUUGGUACCGCCCAGACAUGUUCUUCUACCGGGACAUGCUUAUGAUGCUUGCAAGAAACAGAAAGAUCGACGAAGCAAGGGUGGUUUGGGCAGAUUUGAAGAGAGAACAAGUUCUUUUUGAUCAGCAUACAUUUGGAGACCUAGUCAGGGCUUUCUUGGACAAUGAAUUGCCGGAUGAAGCAAUGCGUAUAUAUGAUGAAAUGAGAGAGUCACCUGAUCCCCCACUAUCAUUGCCCUAUCGUGUCAUAUUAAAAGGACUCAUUACAUACCCAGAAUUGAGAGAGAAGGUGAAGGAUGACUUCUUGGAACUUUUCCCGGACAUGAUUGUUUUUGACCCACCGGAAGAUCUUUUGGAUGAUCAACAUUGGGAAAGGGAGAGUGAGGAUGACUAG